CAAUCACCCACAAGAUGCUGGACAGACUCCCCAAUGAGAUCCUUCAUCUGGUCUGUAGGGAACUCGCAACCACACCAGACCUUAUCCAUGCUAUAAAAGCUCAAGAAAGCAAACGGCAUCUGGAUCAAUGGAACGCGCUUGCCCGGCUAUGCAAAGUCUCGCGACAGAUGAGACAUGUCGCCGAACCACUUCUCUACCAAAACUACGCAAAACCCGACUCCGCAUCAAAUCCUGUUGCCCACUACUCUUUUCGAAAGUAUCUCACAACAGUGCUCAAACGACCAGAACUUCUACAAUACGUUCGCUCCUUCUACAUCGGCUCCUGGAGACAAUAUGCCGAUGACUUAUCACAAUUUGCUGCGGAGAGCAGGUUCGCUGCUUGCACUGCCCGCGUCUGCGACACGCAUUUUUCUCCCGAGUUGCAUGGGCUAUACGACAGAUAUGCGAAGACAGCAAUUUUUGGUGAGGCAUGGAAGGAAGCUCUUGAUGCUGGUGAAGAGGUUGCGGAAAUUGCGCUCCUCAUGAGCUUGACACCAAAUCUGGAGCGCAUUGAAUUUUCCAUGCCCUGGCUGGAUCUCCAAAGUGACACCGCCCCUCAAUAUUUCUGGCCGAACUUACUUGUGGAGUCUGAAGAAUGGAAUCCGUCCAGUCACUUCCACCGGCUAGAGGCUGUGACGGCGCACAAAAGAAACAUGGAGCCAGGCUUCAACUGGGAUGUCGUGGCUGGAUAUGAGAUUGAUUCGCUCCUACCUUUCAUCGGGCUUCCCAAGCUACGUAUCUUCUGGGUAGAAGAUGAUGACACUGGUCUGUACCCGACUCGUUUGGAAAGGUAUCCGCUCAACAACCAGGAGUCACAUUUGUCGGAUCUUGUUUUGAUUCCGUCAAGCAUCCAUCCAGCCAAGCUCCUGCAGAUUCUCAAGCGCUGUACCAAGCUCGAAGCAUUUUAUGCAGAUUUCCGAGAAGAACAAGAUAACUUCGUCCCAAACUUCUCGUGGGACACUAUCGCUCAGGCCUUGAGCGGAAGUCAAAGUACUCUCAGAGAACUUGACCUAAGCUGUGAUUUGCGGUCCCAAUUAGCUACCGAAGCGGACACAGAGGCAGAAUUCACCUGCAUCUCUAUAGGAUCACUUCGCAAGUUCACCUCGCUCGAGACGCUCCAUGUUCUGCAGACAACUUUACUAGGCUUCGAAAACAUGGCAGAUGAAGUGGAAUUGGCAGUACCUGCCCUGCCAUUCGAUGAGAUGUUGCCAAGCAGUUUACGAAGUCUCAAGAUUGACAUGUGUACUUUGACAAUUGUGCCUUAUCUUGAAAGACUUCUGGUCAAGGUCGAGGAAAAGUUCCCAGAUUUUGGAGAGCUACAGCUAAGCGAGAUUGACUACAGAGAAUUAGAUGUGGAAGGAUACCCGUUAGAUCAGCGCGAGGCUUUGAUCGAGGGUAUGAAAGUCCGGCUCGAACGUCUAAAGGAGGGGUUUAUUCAGGCAGGUAUCAAGUGGAUUCAGUGAGCUUGCCAUUUGGAUAUGCUGCAUCUUCUUGAGACAAAAACACAAGCUCUGAAGCAGAACUUGACAACGACUCAUGUAACUUCCACUUGAUAUGCACAACUGUCGAUCACAGUGGGGCAAUCUUUCUGGACAACUUUCACUUCAUGUGAGGUUGGACGACUCUCAUACAGCAUAUAAUUGCCGUCUCAUCUAACCGACUUCUACAGUGGUUGCUCAAGCGAGAUGGGUGACAUCAACAAUAAAGAUGUCGUUGUCCGCCCUGCAAAGGACCUCGAGGAAGCAACCCAGCUGUGGUGGCCGUUGAUGACAUCUUUGGGAUGGGUGAGUUAGUUCGUGCCAUUGUGGCGCGGAGGGAAAAAACAAAGGUUCUGACUGUCAGGAAUCUCUAGAAUCGUUCAUAUCAUGAUCUCGAAUCCUACAUCUCAGCAUCACAAUCUCGAGGUUUGCUUGUUGCGGUACCUCACGGCUCUGACGAACCUGUGGGGCAU